UCGCCGUCUCCCCUCUCUGGGUGCGCUGCGGGUCGGCUCUGAGCGCAGCGGCCACAGCGCAUAGCGGCCGGAGCUCGGGGCGCGCCGGGGACCCCGCACCCCCAGAGCACCCGCUGCGCAUCGCGCCGCCUGCCUCCCGCGUCUCCCCGACUUCCCGCUGCACCCGCGACCCCCGAGGGCCACGUGCCCGGGGGGGGGGGGAGUUGUAUGUGUGUGUGGGGACAAUCUGCGGGUCGCCCCAGGCUGCGAUCGGGGGUGAGGCGGAGGGGGGGCCAAGCUGCUGCGCAGGGCGGCUUUCUCCAACUCUCCACCUCCUUCUGGGGUGGGGGGGGCGACCAGCAUCUUGGGGAGACCCCUCCGGACCUGGCACACACAGAAAGGAGUGUCAUGUUAAAGGAACAGAAAAAGCAAUGUUGGUGUUGGAAAAAAGGGAUUUUCCUUUCCAAGUUGGUGGUGAUUUCAUGAUGGGAAGAGAAAUACCUAGAGGGCCAAAGAGAUUAGCUUUUUAUAGCUGUACAGAUGAAGCUGAUCAAAGAAGACAUGAAAAUGCUUUCUCUGGGUUUUCAUAAGCUGAUGAGGAGAGUAAACUGGAAAAAAAAUUUGCAAUGAGUGCAGGAAUUUUUAUGUUGUUUUAUUUAAAAACUAAGUAAGACUCUGAACGCUUGUUGAGGAUGUUUUUCUCCCCAAGAUGGAAGAAGAAAAAAAAUUGUCAAAGCAACAAGUAUAUAAAGAGUUGAGAGGAUAAUGAACAUAUAUGCACUCUAAGAAUCUCAGUUACCUAUCAGCUACUUUGGGUCAACUCAGCCACCAUCACACGUAUAUAGGGAGUGUUUAGUCUGGACAGUUACCUGUUCUGGGAAUGGUUUACUAAUUUGGACUUUGCAGUGCUUAUUUAUUUAUUUAUUAAUUUAAAAAAAAAACUUUCCUGCAGUAAUUGUCUUGACUCUUCUUGUUUAGCACUUAUUUUUAAAGAAAGCAGUUCCUUCCUGAAUUUGUGGUGAGUUUGACUCUACCACUGUUUUUGCCAUGUUUUGUGGGAAACGGAGAGGGUUUGGCAUCCCUGCAAGUUUUAUUGGAAGCUAAGUUGCACCAGGGACUCAGGAAGAAGGGCAGCAUAAGUAGUCUCUUUCUGAUGACUCUGCCUGCUAUGAAACAACCGAAUGUCAGCUGGAUCUCACCACAUAACCUGAUCUUUUAGCAAGGCCUUAAGGGUCUUGUUGUAUACUGAGCUGACAGGAAAUGCCUUGAGUGCUGUGUUUGACAUGUGAGCUGAAGGAAAGGAGCUCCCCAUGGAUCAUGGCGGUAAUGUUUACAGGACAUUUCCUAGUCUUAACCUUAGUGCUGUUCGCUUUCUCGACCUUUGAGGAAUCUGUGAGCAAUUACUCAGAUUGGGCCAUUUUCACCGAUGACCUUGAUCAGUACAAGACCCAGAAAGUGCAAGAGCUCAGGCCCAACCCAAAGCCGAAGAAAAGCAUGCCCCACCCCAGUUUGUACUUCGACACUGGAGAAAUCCACCUACUGAGACACAAGUCUCGCACAAGCCAUCUGCAUCUUUUUAGAGCGAUCAGAAGUGCAGUGACGGCCAUGCUGUCCAACCCUACCUACUACCUACCUCCACCCAAGCACGAGGACUUCACUGCCAAGUGGAAUGAAAUCUAUGGGAACAAUCUGCCUCCUUUAGCGUUGUACUGUUUGCUGUGCCCAGAAGAUAAAGUUGCCUUGGACUUCAUCUUGGAGUACAUGGACAGGAUGGCCAGCUACAGAGACUGGCUGGUGGAGAACGCACCGGGGGAUGAGGUCCCCAUGGGUCACUCUCUAACAGGCUUUGCUACCGCCUUUGACUUUUUAUAUAGCUUGUUAGAUGAUCAUCGGAGACAGAGAUACCUGGAGAAAAUCUGGGUCAUCACGGAGGAAAUGUACGAGUAUUCCAAGGUCCGCUCCUGGGGCAAACAACUUCUCCAUAACCAUCAAGCAACGAAUAUGAUGGCACUACUCACUGGGGCCUUGGUGGCUGGGGUUGAUAAAGGACCCAAAGUCCAAACAUGGAAGCAGGUCGCGGUGGAUGUGAUGGAAAAGACCAUGUUUCUGCUGAACCACGUCGUGGAUGGUUCUCUGGAUGAAGGUGUGGCCUACGGGAGCUACACAGCCAAAUCCGUCACGCAGUACGUUUUCCUCGCCCAGCGCCAUUUUAACAUCAACAACUUGGAUAACCACUGGUUGAAGAUGCACUUUUGGUUCUACUAUGCCACUCUGCUCCCCGGCUUUCAAAGAACCGUGGGGAUCGCCGAUUCCAAUUACAACUGGUUUUAUGGUCCUGAGAGCCAGUUAGUCUUCUUGGAUAAGUUUGUCUUGAAGAAUGGAGCUGGGAAUUGGCUAGCCCAGCAGAUCCGAAAGCACCGGCCUAAAGAUGGGCCCAUGGUCCCUUCCACAGCUCAGAGGUGGAGCACGCUUCACACCGAAUAUAUCUGGUACGACCCCCAGCUGGUGCCGCAGCCCCCGGCUGACUAUGGCCCUCCACGUAUGCAUGUGUUCCCCAACUGGGGCGUGGUCACCUAUGGGGCUGGCUUGCCGAAUACACAGGCCAACACCUUUGUGUCCUUCAAAUCGGGGAAGCUGGGAGGCCGAGCUGUGUAUGACAUAGUUCACUUCCAGCCCUACUCCUGGAUCGACGGGUGGAGGAGCUUCAACCCAGGACAUGAACAUCCAGAUCAGAACUCCUUCACUUUCGCGCCCAAUGGGCAAGUAUUUGUGUCUGAAGCCCUCUAUGGCCCCAAGUUGAGCCACCUUAACAAUGUGCUGGUCUUUGCGCCUUCCCCCACCAGCCAGUGCAACCAGCCCUGGGAAGGGCAGCUGGGAGAGUGCGCUCAGUGGCUCAAGUGGACCGGGGAAGAGGUGGGUGAUGCCGCAGGGGAGGUGGUGACGGCCUCUCAGCUUGGGGAGAUGAUGUUUGUGAGCGGGGAAGCGGUGUCUGCUUACUCUUCAGCCCUGAAGCUGAGGAGUGUAUACCGUGCCUUGCUUCUCUUGAAUUCCCAGACGCUGCUGGUCGUAGACCAUGUGGAGAGGCAGAGUGACUCGCCUGUGAAAUCUCUCAGUGCCUUCUUUCAUAACCUGGAUAUCGAUUUUAAGUACAUCCCCUAUAAGUUCAUGAACAGGUACCACGGCGCCAUGAUGGACGUGUGGGAUGCGCACUACAAAAUGUUCUGGUUCGACCAUCGAGGCAACAGCCCUGCGGCCAGCAUCCAGGAAGCAGAGCAGGCGGCUGAAUUCAAGAAGCGCUGGACUCAGUAUGUGAAUGUCACCUUCCCCAUGGACUCCACCAUCACCAGAGUGGCCUAUGUCUUCUACGGGCCGUAUGUCAAUGUCUCCAGCUGCCGCUUUAUCGACAAUUCCAACUCGGGACUUCAGAUUUCCCUCAACGUCAAUAACACUGAGCACGUGGUAUCCAUGGUCACUGACUACCUUCACCUCAAGGCGAGAUUCAACUACCUGGGCUUCGGUGGCUUUGCCAGUGUGGCCGAUCAGGGCCAGAUCACCCGCUUUGGUUUGGGCACCCAAGCCGUGAUGCAGCCCCUUCGCCGUGAGCGAGUGAUCUUCCCCUUUGGAUUUAAAUUUAAUAUCGCGGUCGGGCUGAUCUUGUGCGUCAGCUUGGUGAUUUUGACCUUCCAGUGGCGGUUCUACCUUUCCUUCCGCAAGCUGAUGCGUUGGAUCCUCGUCCUUGUCAUCGCCCUGUGGUUUGUGGAGCUGCUGGACGUCUGGAGCACGUGCACCCAACCCAUCUGCGCCAAGUGGGCAAGGUCCACGGAGGCCGAGGCCGACACCGGAGCCCUGCCUUCAGGGACCCACCUCCCCGAUGUGGUCAUCACCUCCCUUCCUGGGUCAGGAGCUGAAAUCCUCAAACAGCUUUUCUUCAACAGCAGCGAUUUCCUCUACAUCAGGGUCCCCACGGCCUACAUUGAGAUCCCUGAAACAGAGCUUGAGAUCGACACGGUGGUGGACGCCUGUGAGUGGAGAGCUGAGGACGUCCCCGGGGUGCGUUUCCGUUUGCUCCGAGGCUGGCUUCAAUCCUUGGUCCGGGACACGAAGCUCCACUUGCAAAACAUCCAUCUGCACGAGCCCAGCCGGGGAAGACUGGCUCAGUAUUUGAUGACCAAUAAAGACAAGAAAAGAAAACUGAAGAGGAGAGAGUCUUUGCCAGAACAAAGAAGUCGGAUGAAGGGCACCUUUGAUAGGGACGCUGAGUACAUUAGGGCUCUGAGGAGACACCUGGCCAUCUACCCGAGUGCCAGGCCUGUGCUCAGCUUAAGCAGUGGGAGCUGGACCUUGAAGCUUCAUCUCUUCCAAGAAGUUUUAGGAGCUUCUAUGAGAGCACUGUAUGUGGUCAGGGACCCCCGGGCAUGGAUUUAUUCCAUGCUGUACAGCAGCAAGCCCAGUCUUUACUCUUUGAAAAAUGUCCCUGAGCACUUAGGUAGAAUGUUUACCAGAAAUGGAGGGAAAGGCAGAUGUCACUUAAAUGUAGCCUAUGCUUCAGAAUAUGAGUCAUUGAGGAAGGAAUUAACCCAACCUGACGCCCAUGCUGUCUCUCUCUUGUCUCAUCUAUGGCUGGCAAACACCGCUGCAGCCCUGAGAAUCAACUCAGCCCUGUUGCCUGCCAAUUACCAACUGAUCAAGUUUGAAGACCUUGUGCAAUUGGCUCAGAGUACCACUGAAAGGAUUUUUGCCUUCCUGGGAAUCCCCUUGUCUCCUGCUAGUUUAAACCAAAUAUUGUUUGCCACCUCCACGAACCUCUUCUACCUACCCUAUGAAGGGGAGAUCUCACCCUCCAGUAUGCACAUCUGGAAACAGAACUUGCCCCGAGAGGAAAUUAAACUGAUUGAAAGCAUCUGCUGGCCCCUGAUGGACCGGCUAGGAUAUCCAAAGUUGAUGGACUAAAACGCUGCAGAUGGAGAGAGCCUUGGAAGACCGGAAGUUCACUGAUUGUCCAGGAAGACCAUUCUUUCUAGCUCAGGAUUUAUUCUCAUGCCUGGGAAAUUGCCACGUGGACAAUAACACUGUUUCCAUUACUGAUGACAGUCUUAGCGUUUACUUGCAUUUCCCUGGAUGUAUGAUGCCAGUCAGAACAAAUUUUUAAAAAGCCCAGUCUGGGUUGGCAGGAUAACUGGGUCUGUUCCAGGUGAGAGCUCCAAAUCUACGGCUCAGAGUGGAAAGCAGGAGAUAAAAUCCCCUUGCUCCUCCAGGAAUUCACCCUCAGGGAGAAGAAAGGCAGGUGCUGGCCUGUGCAGUGGAAUAGGGGAGGAGAUGGGGAAAAUGAGGAAGAGUCUUUCUUGAGGUAAAUAUGAGGCGCCUUGUUAAUGACAGCUGAAGAAAGGCAGGCUUCCCCAGAUGUUCUUCCUGAGGCUUCUUGAUUUUUCACCCCCCUUGAGCCAGGCAGGUAGACUUCUACACCUUUUAUCUUUUAUUUCUACACCUUUUAGUGAGGACCCAUGCUCACUCCCAGGGAAAGUUUGCUGGAGACUUCCAGCUGCAGAUUCCCAGGAGAAGUGUGAUGUAUGGGUAGGGGGGAGGGGUGGCUCAGCUAAUGCUCCUGCACCCUUCUGCUCAUCUCGGCACCCUGCCCUGUUGUCACACCUUCAGUCCUUGAAGGUGACAGCACACCCAGGGGCUUGCGUUCCUAUGGCAGCCACCUUGGAACCAUUUGAAUAGUCUCCACCCUUAGUUUUAUUUUGAUCAUUCAGAGGCCGGUUAUCACAUAUGAUAUGUGUACCUGUAGCAUAUGUCAAGUGCUCUGCUUUAAGAGUCAGUCCUUCAUUUACUUCCUGAAAGCUGGGACUGAUGGAUUAGAGCCAAGUACCGAAAUCACAGCAUUUGGUGUUGGGCAUUUUAAAGAAUAUUCAUUUGUUGACUAAACGCCCCACACAUAUAGGAGAAAACAUCAGGCUUUCUGAUGUUUGAAAGGAUGCUGAUUACUUGGACUGAAAAAAGAAAGAUUGGAGCCAGAGUUGAAUUUACUAUAAAGAAAAUUUCUGGAAGAAAGGGUAAAAAAGAAAAAAAAGUAAAAGAACCUGUUCAGAAGAAAGAUAAAUCUAUGAUUACUCUUUUAUUUAUUUAUUAUAAAUCGAAGUAGGCCCAAGUUUAACUAGAUAAUGUAGGAAUGUAUAGAUUUUGGCCUAAUCCCAAAUUAGACCCUUGAGUGUCACCUUAGAGAGAGACUCCUAAAUGCCUGGCAAGAAUAGGGCAUCACACUCCCAAGAGUGGCAAGGGACCUACCUCACCCUCAGCCAAUGCCACCUUUCAGUUGGCAUCAUUUAUCAUCAGAGUUUUGACACAUCAUUCACGACCACGUUUCCUUAAUGUACAAGGUGUGUGUCCUAACGAGUGAUUCAGAGUGAGUUCUCAUAACUUUUGGAUGUUCCCAUCCUUGAGGGCUGAGGAGGCCGUUCACCUGGGUACAGCACUUGCCUUACCUUGUGGGAAUCCCUAACUUCAACCCUGGUAUCAGAUAAAAGCACCAGGCGACUAGACAAAGCACCCACCCACCAGGGGAUUAGAAGAAGCUCUAGGCACAUACGCACAUGGUAGUGCAGUAUGGUACUGUCAGCCGCCCCACCCCCACCCCCGUUUAUUUGUUUCUUUCUUUGAAAUAAGACAAGACAAAAAAGAAAGAAAAAAGUUGACUCUGGAGUAGUGGAAUCAAUUAUGUGACAGGCCCCGUGUCAUUAAAAUAUAAUUAAGUCCAUUGUCUAUAAGUGGCUCAAUUAACAUAACUCACAGAAAAGUAAGAAUUGCUGACUAGCAUAGGAAAAAAUGUCAACAGGUAAGACACCAUUUUCAGAGUUAAGGGUGUCUAAUUUUCUAAGCUACAUCAAGGACUUUAGUAUGUGGAUUGUUUUCUGUUGAACUGUUGUUGAUACAUGGAGAAACAGUUGCCAAGAUAAUUUUCCAGCACUUAGCUUGUAUCAUUUCCUUCUAUGUUGGUGGAAAAUUCCAAAUUAAUAUUUUAAGGAUGACUGAAUUUCUGCACAGAGCACCAUAAAGCUCUUCCAACAACCGAUUCUAACAUUCACUAGUUUGUAAAUGCCUGAGCUAUAAUUUACAUGUUAUUUUUAGUCUUAAAUAAUGUUUAGUUGAUUCUAUUUCCAAAGAUAGGUGCAGCUAAGACUUCCAAAACAUGGUGAUUUGAGGCUUUUGUUUAGCUAUUGCUCUAAACAUAACUAGUUAGAUAGAAACAGACUGAAGGUUAUCAGCUAGUUUAUUGGAACUAUACAUAAAACAAGACUCCUCUAUUGAUAAAUAUGCACUUUACCUCUGGUUGGGAUACUUUGUAAUAACCUUCAUUGGGUGACAGUGUUCAUAUUUUGGAAUGGUGGGGCAGCAUAGCUCACUUAGAUAGUAUACUGCUUUGCCAUGUGUGUGACCUAGGUUCGAGUCUAGCCUUCAACACAUUGAAGGAAGCUUCAGUGCUGGAAUUUGUUGCUC